AAGCUCUGUGUUGUUGUUUUCCGAGCUUCAAUGUGCUGAUUCUCUUUGAUUUUCCUCAAUUUCCGUGAAUAUUUCCGCUAAUGUGAUUAGAAAAGUGUAGAAUAUAGUUCAUAAGAUGUCCAGGACUCCGACGAGGCAUAAUGUAUCGCUGGAUUCCUUGAAUCUCUCAUUCAAAUCUCCAAAAUCUCCUGCCCAGGACGCUUGUCCGCUGACCAAACGGCUUUUAGUGAUUCUGCAGCACCUCUCGAAUAGCUAUGCAUCCUGGAACAAAGCUCAUAAGAGAGGAAUAUCCGUGUGUAGAUCAAUUGAGACAAUCAAAUGCAAAUCACUUGAAAAGGAUUCACAUUUUCCGGACGAUUUGAAGCUUUCCUGUGAGGAACUGGAGUCUCUACUAACUACUCUGAAUGAUGCCUUAAUAAAGACUCGAGAUGUGAAGAAACAAAUCUCAGCAUUGGCUAAAUUGGAUGCAAAUAGCCAAAUCGUCUUGAAGAGCUGGACAAUGAAGAAGAUUGAGAAAUUCGUCGAGGAUGUUUUGAAGGCAUUUGAGGAAGAGUUUAGAAUAAAGAAACUCGUAAAGGAAAACAUCGCCUUUUCCCUCAGUCACGCAGAGUCAAUUCACAUGUCGUGCGUAUGGGAGUAUCAAUACUUCGUCAACCAGGAGAUUUCCACGGGAUUCACGAUCCUCAGUGCUGAACUCAGUUAAUAUCAACAAUCUUGCGAGACAGCGGAGGAAUUGUUUGAGGAAAUUGAGAGAAUUCCGAAGGUCAAGCUGUGAAAUGGGUCCUUUUUCGGUGAAAAAACAUGUGACAUGUGUAAUUAUCUAGCAAUUAUAGUGGAUUACGUAACAAAGUGCCCCAUUUGGAAACCGCUAUCGUCGUGAAAUGCCACAUAAAUUUGCCACCCUCUCGCUGUAUAAUGUGUCCUCCGCUGUCGCUUUCUGAGCGAACAACUAUAAUGAAUGACACUAUUAAGAAUGAUGUGGGGCAGUAAUAAGUGACAGCGUUAGUAUUGAUGAUCAGAGUAAAUUAGCAAUUGAUCGCCCCCCGACAGAUUAAAUGUAUGUAAUGUAGAGUAAAUGUUGGCGAGAAUAACCAAAUUAUAAGCAAUAAUUGUUAUUGCUAACACAUUGCCUGUAUGAAGACGGUGAGGCGAGGUAAGAAAAGUGCGCGCGCGUGUGUGUGUGUAAUUUGAGAGGAGGAUCUCGCAUUUAUUAUUUAUUUGCGGAUACUGAGAAGAUAAGUGACACCAUUGAUAACGCAACAAUACAUUAACUCAUUUUACCGGUAAAUAAAAUUAUGGACGCAACACAGAAUGAUAAAGUAUCAUUUUAUUUGCAAUAAUCA